AUGUUUUUGGCAGAAAUUCUAACACCAACUACUGAAGUUGAACAAUCAGAGAUUUCAAACAUUGUCUCUGAAGCCGAAGGUGAAGAGGAGAGCAACCUUUAUACAACUGCGGUCACCACAGUCGUAUCGGAAAUCAGACAAGUGAUUAGUAGAAAUUCUCAUAUGAAAAAAGUCACAAAGGAAUUUGGCGAAUUUGAAGAUCCUGAAGUUCACAACACUGACAACGUGGAAGAUGUUAUAGAACAUGACGACAUGGAAGAUGUCGUAGAACAUAACAACAUGAAAAGUGUCGUGGGACGUGAUAACGUAAAAAAUAUAACUGCG